AGUCCGAGUAGCACCUCUCUCUCAGCUUAAGCGCAGGAAGCGGCAGAGACCCGAAGAACCUCCCCGUUGCGACGCCGUGCAAAUCUCCUACCUCUCUCCAAUGGCUUCCCCACCGCCGUCUUGGUUUGCGGGAACAAGUAAGACUAAUGAACCAGAUCAAUCAGAUCCUCAACAACCAAAGUUUGAUCCUACACAACCCAUAUUAUUACAUCCAACACCUCUCAGAAGUGAGCCUUAUAUUCCGCCUACAAUGGAUUUAUCAGAAACUACAGACUUUGAUGCAGAAGAACAGAUGCAGCAAGUUAUGAUAGUUCUACCAACUCAGUCAACAAUAGAAGAGAAGAAUAAGAUUUUGGAAACCAAUGAGUCAACGAUUAUUUUGACUGGAGCUGCUGCUGCAUUGGCACAAGGGGGACCAACAGUAGGAUCAGUUGAUAUUGGCGAGAACGAAGACUCAUACUUAUUCCGUGUCUCUAUACCAGGGGCUUUGAAGGAAGAUAAAUUUAGUUGUAAUGUUGAUCCUGAUGGGAAAGUAUUAGUACAAGGAGUAACUACGACAGGAGGGAAAAUCGUAUGCAGGGAUUUCCAUGUCUUUAAGAUGAAGACACAAAAUCUGUGCCCACCAGGUCACUUCUCUGUCUCGAUCCAGCUUCCUGGUCCAGUUGAAAGUGAGAAAAAAAUUGUCUCUCUCGAGAAUGAGGGGAUUUUGGAGGGCAUUGUGAAGAAAAAAUUACCAUAAAUAUUCUGCUUUGAGGAGCUUGUAUGCUUUCUUAUGAUGAAGAGGUCUGAAUUGAAUGGAGAAGACUCCAUAUGUUAGGACUUAAGAUGUAGACAAUAAAUAAUUGCCUCUGUUAAGCGGAGGAUGAGGCCUUGGAUACGAGCUAGAGGUGAUAUACAGUACGCUUGCUUGAGCCCAACUAAUAGUGAACUGGGGCUUUGCUAAGCUGUUUGUAUGCACUCAUUUUAAGACUGGAAGCUGUGUUCAUGGGUGGACUAUGUUUUAUUUUCGUUGAAAGUUCUCUCUACCAAGACCAGUUCAUGGUGAAACAGCUGGUAGUUAUCUUGAGACUUGCAAGAUACUUAGCUUUGUUUAUUUUGUGGAAAAUUGGUCUCUUAUGGAUUUAUAUUUUUAUGAAGAGUACUUUUGGAAAAAA